AUGAAAAGAAACGCAUGGAAAGGAUUAAAACAUUCAAUCCUUUCUCAUCCACGUCAUGAUCAUCAUCCUCAUCAAGAAUUCUUACUUCUAACUCAACCAUUGACACAUACUUUAGAAUUUAAUAAUUUUCACACCAACCUCAAUAAGAAUUCUUCGAUUUUUUCAUCAUCCCAAACGCCUUUACAUCUUUCGAGUUUACCAUCUCCAAAAAACUUUUACGGAAUUGACGAACCGGUCACACUUUCCAACCAAUCACCUCAUGCCAAGCCAUUAAUGUUUCGAAGUGUGUUUUCGAACAUUUCCGAAAGUUCGAAUCUGUCAAAUAAGGACAUUGCCGAUGUGAUGAAACACAACUUUGAAAUGUUUGAUCAAAGUCAAAAUUAUGAUCAAUUCAUGAAACUUUGCGCAGUAUGGAUGCGUGCGUAUCAAGUGGAAAAUGUUCAAAUUUUGGAUCAGUAUUUGAGACAACAAUUAGAAUUGGAUUGUCGUUUGGUUGCUCGUUUGCCCUCAAUUGGAGAUUCUCGAGAGAAGAUUAUUCAUCCCUUGUUUAGAGAGGGUUCGAGUGUGACUCUUCAAUAUGUGGUCGAUGUUGUUCCAAGUGAAGAUUUCGAAGAGGUUCUUCGCUCGCAACAAAUCUCGGAACAGGAAAAUUAUGACCGCUUGUCACAAGCUGGUUUUUCAGAGCAGAUUUUGAAAGAGAGUAAACCAAAACUAUCAUAUUUUGGAAAGACAGAAAAUUCGUUGGAUGAAAUGGAGUUGUAUACUACAUGUCGUGCAUUUCCAAUGUUUCAAAUUGUUGACUAG